GACGACUGCGCCUACGCCGUGGAGCGCCGUUCACUCGGGCGCACUUCUACAUCGAACGUCAAACAUUACGCGCGCGAUAUAACCAGGGCUCUUCUUUUUUUUGUGAAGAUUAAAUCUCGUGAUGGAAAAGGAGCACCAACCAGACUCCAUGGCAACCAUCACCAUGAAACCGGAAUACCCACCAUCUGAAGUGUACAGCACGUCGGAACCCCCACCGGCGUACAGACAGCGAGUGUCAUCAUCAGUACAAAUAGCUCGGAUUGCGGCGCUGACGGUGGUGGCAGCCUCAUUCAUCCUGGGCGCGUUCAUCCUCGCCUCCAGCUGGGUGUCGGCUCGCGCCUCCUGCCACCAGCUCGAACAACUAGAUGCUAUGCUCGACAAAGAACUGGCUCUAGAAGGACGAGCGUAUGGAAACGACGCCUUACUCGCGGACGAGCCUUUGCCGAUAAACAACGCGCACGCGCUGCACGGCGUGCCCCCUUCGUCUGCAGCUCCGGAGACGUCUUCGGCGUCCGCGCAGCCGGCGCCAGUCCCCGCCAACCAGCUCAAAGAUGACGCACUUAACCACGCCGAGUCUAAGAUCGACGAAGACAAAUUACAGAAAAUCGACGAUGUGAAUGACGCGCCGAACUCAGUGAGUGAUGACAGCUCGGAGUCGGACAGCUCUGCGGAGGAGGAGGACGAGCUCGACGCCGUCAGGCCCAUGCUCAAGCUGCCCAUACAGUUCGACCUCGACGAGCUGGCCGGAGCCUUCCUUGCCAACAACCAAAAAGGUCGCAUGAACUGUGUGGUUGAGAGGCGCCAUGACGACCCCAUGGAGAGACGAUUCCCCUUCAACAUCCUCGGUGCGUUUGCACCUCGCAGCGCGCACGCAGAGCGCAUCGCCAUCAUCUGCCACGGAGGAGACGAGCCUAGGCCAAUGAACUUCCCUGAGCCACAGUCACAGGUGUUCGCGUUCCCCCUGACUGGCCCAGUCCGUCUGCCUCUCCGCCCACAGCCUGAACAUGCGCCCGCGCCUUCAGCCGGCCCUGCGCCCCCCGCACCACGCAUGUCUCCCUUCGCGCCCCUGUCUCACAGACAACCACCUUUCCCCCUGCCCAUGCCUUGGGACUCUUCUGAGGAGCAAAUGGGUGGACCCCGUGAGAUGCGCAUCCAUGUCCAGCGUGUGAUCGCCAUCCCCGCGCCCCACAACAUGCCACCACCACCAGAGACCAUGGGACCCUUCGCACCUCCCCCACCCCCACCACAGGGCCAUGACCAGAACGAACAAUCCACCGUUCUUCACCAGUUCGUUCCCCAAUCAGCUCCCACUCAAGAGCUCGACCAGCCAGAGUCUUUGAUGCAGGUCCAGAAGAUCCCGAUGGACGGUGGCGCGGUUCAGAUGAACUUGCCCUGGAACCUGAGCCCUGAGGAGCUCCACAUGAUCCACCGCACCGCUGAGGACGCUGCCGCCAACCAGCGCCGUGAACAGCAGAUCGACAAUGACAUGCAGGAGGUGAAGACCAUCGUGAAGACUUUGGCGGCUGCAGCGGAGGCCGAGGCCGAGGCUGAGGCGCGUGCGCAGGCCGAGGAGCAGCAGAACGAGCCACGACCUGACCUCACGCACUCCCCCCGCGCACCCCGCACCCUGCUCCUGCCUCAGGACAUGCCUUCUGACGAAAGGCCACACUAUUUGCAGCCCCGCUCAGUUCGCAGCGUAGACGCUUUGGUGAAGAGCGAAAAGCGCGUGAAGCGUUGCGCGUGCAGCUGCGGCAACUAGGGGCGUACCAACGAACGCGCAGCGCGCGUUAUAGCGCAUAGCGCUUCUUUCCGUCCAUUUUGUCAAUCUCCAUUAUAUAGUUACAGUUAAUGAAACCUUUUAGUUAACAUAAUAACGGCUUGUCUCUAACAUUUCUGUAAAUAAAGUUGUUAAUCCAUGAGCUUCCGAUAAUGGUUUUUAAUUACCUGUCGCUGCAUAGAGGUUGUAUUUAUGGGAAAUUUUAAUGUUUGUUAAAUAAUUAUAAAUUUUAUAGUUGGUUUGUUUCCUGUUUCGAUGUACCAAUGGAUUUCUAUUAUCGACUGUAGUCUUGAGAAUGCAAUAUGUAAGGUAUAAUAAUAGUUUUAACCUUAGGUACGUGUGUGUAGGUGCAUACGUGCAUGUUGUAAUUGUGAGGGUAGGGUAGGAGGAGGUCGGCGAUGCAACAUCCAUCUGAAAGAUUAAUUCACAACCUCGAACACUCUGUUCUGUUUGUUAAUUGGUUUUAGAGGGAAUACUGAUUGUUAAGAUAAGAAUAUUUGCAUUUUUUGGGGUUAAUAUCGAAAUGCAUUUAUUUCAAAAGGAACUCUUUAACCUUGUUUGCAUACACCUUGCUCCUUAAUUAACUAGUGGUGAUAUUGUAAAAAAUUAAAUCAAACUUGUAUUCUAUUAUUGUGAUCCUAAAUUAAAUUUGUACUAGUUUUA